GUACGAUCAAGUACGAAUUAUGAACACGAUUACGAGGUGAGCCGAGGACGAAACAGUCCUUGACAAUGGACGACGAGUCCGCCGUUAUCAUCCAAGAAGAAGAAGAAGCAUUAUCUCUUCAGCGAAAGGAACCACCGAGGAUCCAUCGUCUUGAAGAGUCAGUAGUGAACAGGAUUGCCGCCGGCGAAGUCAUUCAGCGGCCCAUCUCUGCUGUGAAAGAGCUCGUGGAGAACAGCCUCGAUGCUGGCUCCACCUCCAUCAGUGUCGUCGUUAAGGAUGGAGGCCUGAAGCUCAUCCAGGUCUCCGAUGAUGGCCAUGGAAUCCGAUAUGAAGACUUGCCGAUUCUCUGCGAGAGACAUACUACUUCAAAACUAUCGGCAUUUGAAGACCUUCAGACCAUCAAAUCAAUGGGGUUUAGGGGAGAGGCGUUGGCCAGCAUGACAUACGUUGGCCAUGUUACCGUGACAACGAUAACUGAGGGCCAAUUGCACGGUUACAGGGUUUCUUAUAGAGACGGAGUCAUGGAGCAUCAACCAAGACCUUGUGCUGCCGUUAAAGGAACUCAGAUUAUGAUUGAAAAUCUAUUCUACAAUAUGGCUGCUCGGAGGAAAACACUGCAGAACUCUGCUGAUGAUUAUUCCAAAAUAGUGGAUGUAAUUAGCCGGUUCUCAAUUCAUCACACGAAAGUCAGCUUCUCUUGCAGAAAACAUAGUGCGGCCAGAGCGGAUGUUCAUUCAGUUGCCACAUGCUCAAGGCUUGAUGCGAUCAGGUCUGUUUAUGGUGUAGCAGUUGCUCGUGAUUUAAUGGAAGUAGCAGCUUCGGAUGAUGAUCCAUCUGGAUCAAUCUUCAAGAUGGAUGGUUAUAUAUCCAAUUCAAAUUACAGUGCAAAGAAGACAGUGAUGGUGCUUUUUAUCAAUGAUAGAUUGGUUGAGUGCAGUGCCCUUAAGAGAGCCAUCGAAGUUGUUUAUGCUGCAACUCUUCCAAAAGCAUCUAAACCCUUCAUUUAUAUGUCUAUUGUACUACCACCUGAGCAUGUGGAUGUGAAUGUACACCCGACAAAGAAAGAGGUAAGCCUUCUGAACCAGGAAAGCAUCAUUGAGAACAUACAAACUGCGGUGGAAUUAAUGUUAAGGAACUCCAACACAUCAAAAACAUUUCACACACAGACAGUAUGUCCCUCUACAGCUGGUAGUCUUGGUUCAAGCCGGAAUACUCAGCUUAGUCCAUCAAAGGAUGGAUCAAGAUCUCAGAAAGUUCCAGUCAAUAAAUUGGUCAGAACAGAUUCACUGGAUCCCAGUGGAAGGUUGCAUGCGUACUUGCAAGUAAAGCCUCCUAGACAACCUGAAGGGAAAACUGACUUGACCACUGUGCGAUCUGCUGUAAGACAAAGAAGGAACCCAAAGGAAUCUGCAGAUCUUACUAGCAUUCAGGAACUUCUAAAUGACAUCGACGGUAAUUGUCAUUCUGGUUUGCUGGAAGUUGUUAGACAUUGCACGUACAUUGGAAUGGCAGAUGAUGUUUUUGCACUACUUCAGCACAAUACUCGCCUCUAUCUUGCUAAUGUAGUGAAUUUGAGCAAAGAACUCAUGUAUCAGCAGGUUCUUCGUCGAUUUGCCCAUUUCAAUGCUAUACAAUUAAGUGAACCAGCACCCUUGCCUGAGCUAUUAAUGCUGGCACUUAAAGAGGAGGAUCUAGAUCCAGAAUGUAGUGAGAACGAUGAUCUGAAAGAGAAGAUUGCAGAGAUGAACACUGAGCUGCUCAAGCAAAAGGCUGAAAUGCUAGCGGAGUAUUUCUGCAUUCAUAUUGAUCAACAAGGGAAUUUGUCCAAGCUUCCCAUCAUACUUGACCAGUACACUCCAGACAUGGAUCAUGUCCCAGAAUUUGUAUUGUGUUUGGGGAAUGACGUUGAUUGGGAGGAUGAAAAGAAUUGCUUUCAGACAGUUUCUGCUGCUCUUGGAAACUUUUAUGCUAUGCAUCCUCCUCUCUUGCCAAAUCCAUCUGGCGACAGUUUACAAUGUUACAAGAAGGGGACAAAGCAUGACGAUAUAAAAAAUGGAAGAAACAGUCCUAAUAAAUUAGAGAAUGAUGCUGUCAUGAAGGAUGAGUAUGACAAUGAAUUACUUUCUGAGGCAGAGACUGCAUGGGCCCAGCGUGAAUGGACCAUCCAGCAUGUCCUGUUCCCAUCCAUGAGGCUCUUUCUCAAGCCACCAAAUUCAAUGGCUACAAAUGGAACUUUUGUCCAGGUAGCUUCCUUGGAGAAACUUUACAAGAUUUUUGAAAGAUGUUGAACAAAUUUUGCUGAAAUCUGGAGAACCUGAGAAAACUUUGUCGGGUCAUAGUGCAAAUUGCAUGAACAUUCACAGCAGAUAGACAAUCUGCCACUCUGUAUAUCACAAUGACUGUAUACUAUGACAAUCUAAGUUGCUCUUUUUUAGUUUUUUGGGUAACAU